AUGUACUUAUACAACUACACAAUUAGUCCAGCGACGCUACCAUUGAAGUCGAUAGUUGGGCUGUUCGUUGGAGGAAAAUCCCAACAGUUGGUGUGUGCUACAUCUAGUGGUAUCACGGUAUACAAUUUAAAUGAAGGUAACUUGGAAAAGAUCUCAUCUCAAAUGAGUUUUGGUAUUAUCCAAAACAUUGGUAAAUUGAAUCCUUUUGGUGAUAAAGAUUAUCUCGUAAUAACAUCGGAUUCAGGAAACUUAGUAGUUGCAGAGUUCAAGAAUUCUACUUUCAAAGCUAUCAUACAAGAACCUUAUGGUAAAAAUGGCUUGAGAAGAAUAAACCCUGGAGAAUAUCUUGACAUCACUGAUACUGCAAUUCUGAUAACGGCCAUAGAUCAAAAGAAAUUUGUUUAUCGAGUGCACAAGACUGAUGAUGGUAUUGAACUUUCAUCCCCCCUUAUCAGCAAUUCCAAGGUGACGGUCAAUACUUGUGCCCUUGAUACUGGAUUUGAAAAUCCUAUCUUUGCAUCAAUUGAAAUCAACAAUGGAUUCCAAUUAACUCACUAUGAACUAGACAGAGGAUUAAAUCAUAUAAUCAAAAGAUCACAAGAAUUACCCGAAUCUGCUAAUCUAUUAAUACCGUUGAUUGGUGGGGGCUUAAUCAUUGCAUGUGAUGGAUUUUUGUUAUUCAACAACGAAAGAUUCGAUACGGGCCACAUUUUCAUCAACUAUGUUGUUCACAAGUCAUUCAUACUUGUGCAGAAUACUAAAGGGGAAUUAUACAAGAUCACAAUGCCCUUCAAAAUGGAUUAUUUCAGUAAGGUACCUAUAGCCAAAGAUUUGAACCUCUUCAAAAAAGGUUUCUUGUUCGUCAAUUCAAUUUCUUCCAAUAAGUUGUUAUACCAGAUAGAGGAUUUGGAUGGUAAGAUAUCACCCUUGGAUGAGAUAAAAAGUUUCGAACCAAUUCUUGACUUGCAAUCCAAUGAAGAUAAAUUGAAGAUUUUAUCAAUCAAAGGUUUAUCUACUCUCGUGCAUGGAAUUGAUGUCGAGGUGUUAGUCUCUUCUCCGAUCCCAAUACAACCUAUAUCGGUAGAAUCCACAAAGCUCACAAGAGAUUCGGUCAACGAUGAAUAUCUUGUGAUAUCGUCGACUUCAGAAACUUUAAUUCUCUCCAUUGGAGAAGUGGUUGAAGAAGUCACCGAUUCAAACUUUGUUUUCAACCAAUCCACAAUUAAGGUGCAACAAGUGGGUUCCAGAGGUAUUUUACAAGUAUAUUCAAAUGGCAUACGGCAUAUUGUAGACAAAAAGAUUGUCAAAGAUUGGUAUCCGCCUGCUGGAAUCAAUAUAUUGAAAGCAGAUACAAAUAAUAAUCAGAUCAUGGUAGGUUUAUCCAAUAAUGAAGUAGUUUAUUUCGAAAUAGAAAAUGAUACUUUGGUAGAAUAUCCUCAGCAUUUGGAAUUGGGACAAAUUACUGCCAUUGGACUUUCAGAGAAAUUUGCCAUUGUUGGGGUCCUCGAUACAAUACAGGUGGUUUCUUUACAGGAUCAUAAUCGUUUGGAAACCGUUUCAUUCCAACAGUUGUCUGCAAACAGUACCAGUAUAAUUCUUGAAAAUGAUAAUGUUCAUAUCGGGAUGGAAAAUGGGUUGUAUGUCAACACUACCAUGACUAAUGGUAAACUCACCAACACUAAACUCAAAUAUCUAGGGUCGAAACCGGUGAUUUUAUCUAUUAUUGGUGAUCAUUUGCUAGGCGUUUCUUCUAAGACGUGGUUAAUAGCAGAUAAAAUCACACCUUUGAAUAUAUCACUCACUUGUGGUACCUCUUUCAUAUCAGAAGAUAUCGGAGGUGAAGGUAUAGUUGGGUGUAAUGGUCAGGAGCUAAUUAUCUUCUCAAUUGGUGAACAUACAGAUAUGACUGUUACUGAUAAAGUGGAUCUCAAAUCAUCGAGGAAGUUGGUAGAAAAUUACAUUCUUCAAUCCAAUGGUGUGAAGAAUGGUGUGAAGUUUCUUGAAAUUCCCAAUCCUAUAAGUUUGUGCAAGUUUAACAAUCACUUGAUUGUAGGGUCCCACGAGUAUUUAUAUGCUAUUGAAACAAAUUCAUUUGAAAUACUCCACCAAACCAGAGUGGACAAAACACCCCAAGCAAUGGUCCCAUUCAAUGACGAUCAGCUAUUGGUAGGAAUGGAGAAUCACCUUAGGAUUUAUGAAUUAGGGCAAAAACAGUUGUUGAGGAAAUCUUCGACUACAUUUCCUUUCAUCAAUAGGAUUGUCAAGCUACUCAAUCAAGGCAACAAACGUAUAGUUAUUGGAGAUUCCAAAAACUCUGUGACAUUUGCUAAAUAUAACAAAGACACUAAUUUGUUCGAAGCAUUGGCUAAUGAUACCUUCAAGAGGCAGAUAACAUCUUUGGAAUCUUUAGAUUUUGAUACCGUAGUUGGGGGUGACAAGUUCGGUAAUAUAUUUGUGAACAGAUUUAUCAAUGGUGAAAAUUUACCAUCACAAGAAAGUUACCUCAAUGGAGCUGGAUCAAGGCUGCAAAAUUUGUGUGAGUUUUAUUUGAACGAUAUUCCGACUAGUUUAACCAAAGCCACUUUAACCCUUGGAGGUAGUGAAAGUAUAGUGUACGGUGGGAUUGAAGGUACUAUAGGUAUAAUGACACCUCUUUCCAAACAAGAAUUCGAUUUGAUGAAUAAUCUUGAAAUAGAACUCCGUAAGGAGGAUAAUCUCUUAGGGAAAAAUCAAUUAGUCUUUAGAAGUUACUAUAAUCCCAAGAAAAAUGUCAUUGAUGGUGAUUUCGUUGACAUCUUCCAUAAGACUAAUGUCACCUCAAAAAUAAGAAUAUCAAAAACCUUGAACAAAUCUAUUAAAGAUAUAGAAAAUAAGAUUUACGAAAUAAGACAAAGGUCAGCAUUUUAG